AGUCUCACCUGUUGUUGCUGCUGCUUGCAGACUCACCUGUUGGCUCACAAUUUGAGAAGAAGAGCAGAGUAAAGAAGAAAGGAUAGUUUUCAGACAAAAGGUGCAGAUGAAAUAAGAUGAUGUUUUGAGGACAAAAAUAAGCAACAAGUAACAAGUAAGAAGCUACUAGCCUCUUCACCUUUAAGCAUGUCUCUGUCCAAGCCAGUGGAGCAGCUAGCCCACGAGCUGAGCUGCCCCAUCUGCCUUCAGCUCUACUCUGAUCCAGUGGUUCUCCCCUGUGGCCACAACUACUGUCGAGCCUGUAUCCAGAUGACCGCCAGCACUACCAACAACACUGAAAAAAGGCUUCCACGCUGCCCAGAGUGCCGUGAGGAGUUCCAAGGUGUGGAAUCUCUGCAGAAGAACUUUAAGCUCUGCAGCAUCAUCGAUGGUUUCCGAGCCACAGCACCACAGCUGGACAGGCAGCCCGAGACUGAGCCCAACAGGAUGGAAGUUUUCUGCGACAACUGUAUAGAUGAGAAGAACAAGGCUGUAAAGACCUGCCUGAAGUGUGAGGUGUCGCUGUGCUCCAGGCACUUCCAGAAACACCAAGAGAAGGAGUCUUUCAGGACACACACUGUGGUGGAGCCUCUGAAUGAGAUGGGGAUGAAGAGCUGUCCUGUCCACCGCUAUCCCUUUGAGUACUUUUGUUCCAGUGACAUGACUUUGCUGUGCGCCACAUGUUUCAUAGAAGGCUCUCACCAGGACCACGAUGUUCUGACCUUCAGGGCAGCCGAAGAGGAGAUGAGACGAGCCCUAGAGAGCCGCGCCAAGGUUGUUUCCUGCAGGCUGCAGAUGACUGAGAGUCUCCUGCAGAAGACAGCAGAGGAGCAGGGAGCCUCUGAAGCUAUAGGAGACAAACUAGUUAACAAGGCUGUCACUUUCAUGGACAGUAUGGUUGCUCUACUGGACAGGUACAGGGAGCGUCUGCAUGUGCUAUUGGAAGAGGAGAGAGGUCAGCGUAGAAAAAGCUGGCAGGUGGGAUUGAGUGCACUAGAAGAGCAACAACAUCAGUUACUAGAGGCCCAGCAGAGGGCCACAGAGGCCCUCAAGGAGACAGACACAUGUAUAUUCAUACACAGGUUUGUGCUGAUUGAACAGAAGCUGAGAGAAGUUGUCACAGGGCCCAUUUGCUCCAAUAUCCCCUCAAAGGCUCCUCUUAACACCAAGCGCCUCCAGACAGGCCUCAAAACCCAAGACUUUCGCGUAGAAAUGACUCAUCUCCUAGAUUCCCUCCACAUCCUCCUCAAUCCUUUGGAACUCACUUUCAACGUCUGCACUGCCCACCCCACCCUGAUAGUCUCCAAUGAUCUGCGUACAGUGAAGUACAGCCACUCCAAGCAGUCGUAUGUAGAGCACCCAGAGCGCUUUACAAGCGCACCCCAGAUUCUGUGCAGCCAGGGGUUCUCUAGUGGUGAGCACAUAUGGGUGGUAGAAGUGGGGGCCAACACCAUGUGGUCGCUGGGUGUGUGCUACAAGAGCAUCCCUCGCCGUGGUGACCACAGUCGUCUAGGACACAACUCUGUGUCCUGGCGCAUGCAGUGGAAAAAUGGGAAGCUCACAGUAUGCCAGUCUUCCAGUAAUGUAGCUCUGGGGGAAAUGACCCAUCACCCACUGAGGAUGGAGGUAGCACUGGACUAUGAGGGGGGGACAUUAACGUUCCACAGCACCAAAGGGCGUAGGGAGCACCUCUAUACUUUCAGGACUGUUUUUAAGGAGCCGGUUUACCCAGCAUUCAGUAUCCAUUCAAACACACCAGACUCGUGGAUCACACUGCACAGAGGGAUAUGAACACACCGUCUGAUGAUUUAUUUGUGCCAUGCAUAGAAGUGAUUUGGGUGAUCAGGGAAGUGAACUGGCCUUCAGCUAAGGUGUUGUCUUUGUGAUUUUGUAUUUGCCUUUCAAAAUUCUGUAACCAAUAAAAAGUGCAAGUUGACACACAAUUCUGCCAAAAUGGUGCAUUCAUGUGUAAUUGUACCAUAGUGAAACCCAGUUAUCAUGUCCCACAAUUCACAUUCAACAGAUAAACUCUCAUCCACUUGGUACCAAUGCUUUUUAGCCGAGUGCUGUAAUGCAAAUGUGUUUAAAUGCCAUCUUGUAUGACUACAUUAUAAGUGGUGCAUUUUAAUCACAAGGAAAUUAAUCAUUUGUUUACAGUUUUAUUGAUGAUUAGGGUGAUUUUUGUGCAGUAUAUAGAUCAGUACAGAUGUUUCCUAAAUUAAUUUUGGUGGGUUUUUUUUGUUUGUAGUAUGUUUCCAUUGUCUGUUGUCUGUAUUGAAUUUAUGCUGUGUUUGUUUUGAGUUUGCCUUUAAUUUUCUGUAUAUACAGUAAACACUGAUGUGCGUGAACAUUGACAUUUAGGCUGAAUAUGAGACAUGCUUGUGUUUAUACUGCAAAUAAACGAUAAUGUUGAUGUCUCUGUUGACCAAACGUAUGGCAACAUGUCUAUAUGGUACACGACAGCAGUAGUAGAAUGUGAGUCCAUGUACUUGAGAAUACUACAUUUAAGUACAAAUUCAAAGUAUUCUUUUACAUUUUAUCUUACUUUAUACUUAAACUCCACUUCAUCUCAGAGACAAGCAUUUUACUUUUCAAUUCACUAUUUAUCUAUCUACAAAUUUGGUAAUUGUGGAUGAUUUUUGCGAGAAAGUUAAGGAUUAAGUGAUUCUUUAUGUUUUGAGAAUAUUCUCCUACAUCAUAUACUGUCUAAAAUCCAUCUUGGAUGAUCUGGGAAAUGCACUGUUACACAGCUGAAACAGGGCUGUUUUUCACAUAUCUAAAGCUGAACAGGACACAUGAAACAUAAAGUAUAAUAGAAAAUGAUGCAUUCCUGUAGAUUAAACUAUCCAACAUAUUAUAAAGUAGUUAAAAUACAUAGUGCUGCCACAUUAAUGUUAAUCCAGAAACAUCAGUACACUAGCAGGAACAAUUUCUCAAAAAAUGUGCUUUGAAUACAUUGUUAAGGUUUUAUUAAGGUUUUGAAUGAAUGACUUUCAAUUGAUUAUUUUUCCAGUGUGCUAUUAACAGGUUAGUUUUACUUCAUUAAAGGACCUGUGCAAGUCUUCCUCCACGUUG